GCUUGUUCCCGGAAGGACUGUAUUUUAAGCGGGGCUCAAGAUGGCGGGUCCGCCUGGAGGAGCACUAAGGAAGUUGCACCCAUAAGCAACAGCCGGAGAGGCCACCAUGAGGGCGGCGAAGGCUGACUUGCAGGGGCUCUUUGCCGUCUACAAGCCCCCCAGCGUGUCCUGGAAGUUGGUGCGGGACGCGGUAGAGACCCACCUGCUGAAAGACUUGAACUCGUUAGAGCGACCAGCACCACGACAGCUUGUACGCUUUCUGCCUGGCAUGGUGGAAGGGGAGGAUGGAAAGCAAUUGACUAUGACUGUUACACAAGUCCCCACACUGGCUGACCAUCCCCUAGUUUCUGGACCAGCAGUCACCCAUUUGAAAGUUGGAGCAGGCCACCGUCUGGAUACAAGGUCCUCUGGGGUCUUGGUGCUUGGGGUGGGUCACGGCAACAAGCUGCUUACAGACCUGUACAAUGCUCAUCUCACCAGGACCUACACGGUUCGCGGCUUGUUUGGCAAAGCCACUGACGACUUCUCGGAUACAGGCAAACUGAUUGAGAAGGCGACAUUUGACCACAUCACCAGGGAGCAGCUGGAACGGAUCGUUUCUGUCAUCCAGGGGUCCAAUCACAAGGCUUUGCUGCAGUAUGCUAACAUUGACUUGAAAACUCAAGAGGCCUACGAGCUGGCUGUGAGAGGGUUAAUUCGUCCCAUGGAGAAAACCCCCCCUUUGAUCACAGCAGUGCGAUGUAUCCAGUUUGCACCUCCUGAAUUCCAGCUAGAAAUCCACUGUUUGCAUGAGACUCAACAAUACCUCCGGAAGAUAGUUCACGAGAUUGGUUUGGAGAUGAAGUCAGUUGCUGUCUGCACACAAGUGAGACGGAUACGAGAUGGUGUUUUCACGGUGGACGAUGUCCUCUUAAGAACACAAUGGAACCUACAGAACAUCCGGAAUGCAAUCCUGAAGUCCAGGCAUAAAGUAGAAACUGAGAUCCAAAAUAACCUGGUUCAUGAGGAAGCCAGCACUGAUUAUGAGAGAGAGAAAGAGACUAGAGCAGGCUCAGUUGUAGACAGCACGCAGGUGAGGGAGAGGGAAGAUGCCUUGCCUGCAAGCUCAGUGGUAAAAUGGUGAGUAUCUUGUAGCACUUGGAAAGUGGUGAAGUGCAGGCAAGGAAAGCGCCCUGGAACUCUCCACCUUAACUGCUUUGCACUUGAAGCUUGCUGCCCUGUCAUGUGCUAUUCGAUAAAACUGCUUUAAGGAAGACUGACAAAACAUGCCCAGCUUCAGGUGCAGUUCAAGGUUUUCUGUUGAAGCUUGAAUGUUUCAGCAAGAGGAUAUGUGGAGCCAGUUAGUUCGCGGCAUAAAGCAACAGCCUGGUUGUUACUUAGAUGCAUCUCAAAAAACAAAACACCCAUCUGUGAAUUCCCACUGAGAUACGAUGCUUUAUUAUUCCUAUCACCAUGAUAACAUUUCUGAAACUCAUUUUAUUAUACGUUUAUUAUUAAAUGCAAGCCUGAAUGCUUGAUUUGUGCUCUGUGUGUGUGUGUGCAUAAGUGAGAGCAAGAAAAAGUCACAAAAUUCUGACAUCACUCACAGUUAAGGGAAUGCCUUGGUAAUGAUGGCUGAAUUUACAAAACCAUGGUUUGCAAUAAGCCUGCAAUCUAGGAUCAGAAAUCAUAGCUUGGUUUCCAAACCAUGAUUUCUGCUAACUGUGGUUUGGUGUGAUGCCUGAAUUGGCAAAGCAAAGUUACUGCCAUGGCUCUACCUUUGGAGGCUGCCGCGCCCAUAAAAACUGCAAGGGCAAAGUGAAAGCAGACAAGCAGUUCUAAGCUACAGGUUCUAAAACUUAGUUGGUACAAACUGAGAUUUUGUACGUCUGGAAGUUUCCGCUGCAUCAUUUCUCUCCUUAGUCACUUUUUUUUUAUCCUUCCGGGUUGCAGCCUGGGCAGUUGCUGCUUGAAGCGAUUGAUGGGUUGGAUAUUUGAAGGAAGCACAGUGAAAAUUCAAGUAAUAAUAAAUAAGUGCCAAAA